AUGGACAAGGGUCACAUCCGGGAAAGCAUGAGCCCUUGUGCUGUUCCUGUUCUUCUUGUGCCCAAGAAAGAUGGGAGUUGGCGCAUGUGUGUGGAUUGCAGAGCCAUCAACAAUAUCACUGUAAAGUAUCGACAUCCUAUCCCUAGACUUGAUGAUAUGCUUGAUGAGUUGCAUGGUUCUAGCAUUUUCUCUAAGAUUGAUUUAAAAAGUGGUUAUCAUCAGAUUAGGAUGAAAGAAGAUAAUGUGGUUUUUCUAGGCUUUGUUGUGAGUGCAGAUGGAGUCAAGGUGGAUGAAGAGAAAGUUGCUGCCAUAGAGAAUGGCCAAGCCCUAAGACAUACCUUGGCCGCACCUCUGACUGAAGUCAUCAAGAAAGAAGUUGGAUUCAAGUGGGAGAAAGCACAGGAGGAUGCUUUCCAAGCUCUCAAGGAUCGCUUGACUAAUGCCCCUGUUCUUAUUUUACCUGACUUCUUGAAAACUUUUGAGAUUGAGUGUGAUGCUUCAGGUAUUGGCAUAGGAGCUGUCUUGAUGCAGGAUAAGAAGCCAAUUGCUUUCUUUAGUGAAAAGCUUGGAGGAGCCACUCUCAACUAUCCAACCUAUGACAAGGAACUCUAUGCCUUGGUCCGCGCCUGCAAACUUGGCAACACUUACCUCUGGCCAAAGGAGUUUGUCAUCCACACAGACCAUGAAUCUCUCAAACAUCUCAAGGGCCAGCAAAAGCUCAACAAAAGGCAUGCCAGGUGGGUUGAAUUCAUUGAGACAUUCCCAUAUGUCAUCAAGUACAAAAAAGGUAAGGACAAUGUUGUAGCCGACGCAUUGUCCAGGAGGGAAGGCACAUGGAGGAGGCUUGAUGGGACACUUUGGUGUGGCCAAAACACUUCAAGUCAUGAGGAUCAUUUUCAUUGGCCGCACAUGAUCAGAGAUGUGGAGAGGAUUUGUUCUAGAUGUGCAACUUGUAAACAAUCCAAAUCUAAGGUUCAACCUCACGGUUUGUACACUCCUCUCCCUAUUCCAUCUCAUCCCUGGACUGAUAUAUCCAUGGAUUUUGUGCUUGNUCGGACUAGAACUGGAAAAGAUUCUAUCUUUGUGAUAGUUGAUAGGUUCUCAAAAAUGGCUCAUUUUGUGGCAUGUCGUAAAACUGAUGAUGCAUCUCAUGUAGCUGCUCUGUUCUUUAAAGAGAUUGUUAGAUUGCAUGGCAUGCCGCGCACCAUUGUCUCUGAUCGUGAUACAAAGUUCCUGAGUUAUUUUUGGAAAACUUUGUGGUCUAAGUUGGGUACUAAGCUUUUAUUUUCUACUACUUGUCACCCUCAAACUGAUGGCCAAACUGAAGUUGUUAAUAGGACUCUUGGAACUUUGUUGCGCGCCUUGAUUAAAAAGAAUCUUAAAAGCUGGGAUGAUUGUUUGCCACAUAUUGAGUUUGCAUAUAACCAUGCUGUGCAUUCUGCUUCUAAGUUUUCUCCAUUUGAAAUUGUUUAUGGGUUUAAGCCCAUCUCUCCUUUGGAUUUGAUGCCUUUGCCUUUGAGUGAAAGAUUAAGCACAGAUGGAAAGCAUAAGGCAGAGACAGUCAAGAGGAUCCAUGAGCAAGCUAGAAGGAACAUUGAGGCCAAAACCAAGCAGUAUGCUCAACAUGCCAACAAGGGCCGCAAAGAAAUGGUCUUUGAAGUGGGAGACAAGGUUUGGAUCCAUCUGCGCAAAGAGAGGUUCCCGGCCGAGCGCAAAUCCAAACUUAUGCCAAGGAUAGAUGGACCAUUUGAAUCACCAGAAGAAUCAACAACAACUCCUACCAAAUUGAUCUCCAAGGUAAAUGAACCAGAUUUGAGGACAAAUCCUUUUCAAGAGGGAGGGGAUGAUAUGAUCAUGGAGGAGGUUGCUGGGAACUUGGACCAGGAAGCAGCUGGAGAGCUUGUAGCAGAGGAGGAGCAGCUUGAACCUGAGGAAGCUUGGAAGCCUUGCCUUACCAACUGGUCCCAUCACAAGGUCCCAGACUAA